CCCGGUUGUCCAGGUUCCUGCAUCCGGCAUGAGCGGUGGAAGGCGACGCCACUGUCAGCCGGGCAGCGGAGGGACGCAGGUCGCUGCGUCUCGGCCCUGGUGCCGAGGGAGACAGUGCCAGGCUGCCUCGCUCGCUGACGUCAGCGCCGCCCCGCAGCCAGCAUCCCGCACCGGCGACCAUGGCUGCGGCCGCACUGAUGUCGCCGGCGCCGCUGCUGCUGCUACUGCUGCUAGCGUCCCCGCCCGCCGCCCCCGCGCCGCCGGCACGGGACCCCUUUGCCCCCCAGCUCGGGGACACCCAGAUAUGCCAGCAGCGCUGUCGCGAGCGCGACCCCGGACCGCAGCAUUCACAGGGCCCGAGGUCCCCACAGGGUCUCCAUAUGACAGGGCCGUGCAAAUCAGCGCUUGUGAGCGGGGCUGCCGGCUCUUCUCCAUCUGCCGCUUCGUGGCCAGGAGCUCCAGGCCCAAUGCCACCCGGACUGAAUGCGAAGCAGCAUGCGUGGAAGCCUACGUGAAGGACACUGAGCAGCGAGCCUGCCGCGAGGGCUGCUGGAUCCAGGUGCCCCAACCAGACCCGGAGACCCAGCCAGAGAAGAGAAAGGUCCUGGAAGCUCCCAGUGGGGCUCUGUCCCUCCUGGACUUAUUUUCCACUCUCUGCAAUGACCUUGUCAACUCGGCCCAAGGCUUCGUCUCCUCCACCUGGACAUAUUACUUGCAGACUGACAAUGGAAAGGUGGUGGUUUUCCAGACCCAGCCUGUGGUCGAGAGCCUGGGCUUCCAGGGGGGCCGCCUGCAGCGAGUGGAGGUGAACUGGGAUACCUGGAAGGGACGGCAUCCCGAGGCCCUGGAAGUACACGUGGACCCUGUAGGCCCCUUGGACAAGGUUCACAAGGCCAGGAUCCGAGUGAAGACCAGCAGUAAGGCCAAGGUGGAAUCGGAGGAGCAGGACAGCGACUUCCUCAGCUGCAUGUCCCGACGCUCGGGGCUGCCCCGAUGGAUCCUGGCCUGCUGCCUCUUCCUCUCCGUGCUGGUCAUGCUGUGGCUCAGCUGUUCCACGCUGGUGACUGCACCAGGCCAACACCUCAAAUUUCAGCCGCUGACCCUGGAGCAGCACAAGGGCUUCGUGGUGGACCCGGACUGGCCGCUGUACCCGCCUCCGUCACAUGGUUGCGAGGAUAGCCCCCCACCCUACAAUCUCAAGCUGGACCUGACCAAGCUGUAGCCCCACAACUAAGGGGAUGCCCCAGGACCUCUCUGUUCUGCACCUCAAGUCUAAGGUUGGGGUGUCUCCUGCCCUAUCUUGCACGCCUCAGUCCUGGGGGUGGGUCUGGCCUGGGCUCUUCCACUCCCUCUUCCUUGGGCUGCGCUUCUUCUGUCUUUACUCUUGUGGCUUUCAGAGUAUCUGACCCGUUUUGUGUCACCUUCCUUUUUUCUCUGUCCCCUCUGUAAGGGGCUGAGGCACAGUGGAGCCACUUCCUCUGCAGCUUCCUUCUCAUCCCUGAGAUCCGUAGACCCGCCCCUUUGGGAGCAGGGACCCUGGGGACCUGGUGGUGGGCAGAGGAGGGGC